UUCAUUUGUUAUUUUUCUAUUUAAAUAACACGAGAAAAUUUUUUUUUUUACUUUUCAAUUUUAAUUUCUUCGGAAUGGCUUGUUUACACAAUAUCCCAGAAAGAGGUCUUAUAGGAAAUUUCACGCUCUACAAAAAACGUCUGAGGGUCAAAGUUGAUGUAAACGAUGAAAAUAAUAACUACAGUAAUAGUGAUAACAAUAAUGAAGAGAACAUUGAUAUCAAUUAUAAUAACAAUAAUGAUAGUGGUACAUUUGAUGUCGGAGAGUUCGGUAAUGACAAUGUUGACUAUUCUUGUACAGUUGAGACUGAUAAUGUUGUUAAUCAUGAAAUAUCAAGUCAAACAUCUAAGUUAUCCCAGAAAUCUUUGGAAAGUAAUACUUCUCGUUUAAUCUCUGAUUAUGAAGAUGAAAUUCCAAAACAACAAGUUCCUAAAAUUGAUCUAAUGACAUCAGAACUUGGUGCGGCUUUGGAUAGAGCUGAUGUGAGUAGUAGGUCGGCGACUUACAUUUUUGCUGCUUUAUUAUCUAGCCUAAAUAUUGAUUGUGCAAGCGUAAACUUCAGUCAUUUGACUAUUCACCGAGCACGGGAAAAAUUUCGCAAAGAAGCGACGUUAAAUCUGAAAACUAAUUUGGAAACUGAUACUUAUGUGCUACAUUUUGAUGGAAAACUGUUGUCAGAUAUUACAGGUAUAGAACAAGUUAACCGGCUUCCUAUUAUUUUAUCAUCAUCAGGUAAAUUUCAACUGUUAGGAAUCCCCAAACUAGAAUCUGGAACUGGACAAAAUCAAGCUUCAGCUAUUAUUACAACAGUAAAACAAUGGAAUAUUAAUACUGAUAACAUCAAAGCAUUGUGUUCUGAUACUACAGCGUCAAAUACGGGAAUCAGAAAUGGUGCGUGUGUAUUAGUAGAAAAGGCUCUGAAUCGACAACUGUUAUACUUGCCAUGUCGACACCAUAUUUUUGAAAUUGUUCUUCGAAGUGCAUUUGAAAUAUACUGGCCUGCUUCAUCUGGCCCAAACGUUCCAAUUUAUCAGAGAUUUAAAAAGAAGUGGGAUUAAAUUGAUCAAUCAAACUUUACGGCUGGUAUUUAUGACCAAGAAAUUUUGGAAGUUAUAACACCAAUCAAAGAUGAAAUUUUGAAAUUCGUUAAUAAUCAAAUAGAAAUGGAUCAUUGUCGUGACGAUUACCGUGAACUCCUGCAAUUAUCAUCGAUAUUUUUGAGUGCUACUACCACAAAUAUUAUAUUUAAGCAUCCUGGAGCUGUCCAUCAUCCAAGGUGGAUGGCUAAAGCAAUAUAUAGUUUAAAAAUUUUUUUAUUUAGAAAUGAAUUUCAUCUUACUAAAUCAGAAAUAGCUGGAUUAUCAGAACUUAGUUUAUUUAUCAUAAUAUUCUAUUUAAAAGCUUGGUAUACUGCGCCGUGCGCUAUAGCAGCACCUAAUAAUAAUUUAACUUUAAUUAAAGAAUUAAUUUCAUACAAAAAAUUUAAUAAUAUUAUUUCACGGAUAUGCUCAGAAAAAUUAGCCGAUCACUUGUGGUAUUUAAAUAACGAGUUGUCUGUUUUAUCUCUCUUUGACGAAAGUGUUUCAGUUGAAACAAAAAGAAGAAUAGUUCAUGCUUUAAAAAACUGUGAAACCAAUGAAACUACAACGAGUCGUUUUAUAAUCGAUAAGAAAAAUUUAGAGUCAUUAUUAAAUAAAGAUCUUAGUCAAUUUGUAUCUAUGAGAUCGAUAAAUCUGUUUAAAUCGUUUGAUUUGUCGUAUGAUUUCAUUGAUGAGGAUGUAACUUUGUGGCCUCAGAAUCUAAAUUACAAAAGAAACUUGGAGUAUUUUGAGAAACUUCAAGUUGUAAAUGAUGUAGCAGAACGCGGCGUGGCAUUGAUAGAGCAGUAUAAUCGAUGCUUAACGAAAAAUGAAGAAUAGCUUCAGUAUUUAUUGCAAGUAGUGACAGAACACAGAAAACGAUAUUCUAAUUGCAAUAAAAAUAAUUUUAUAAAACUGUAAUAUUUUCAAGUU